AUGUACCAUAGACAGGCCUGUCACAUGCAACAAAGUGGAAGCAUAGAUGAGAUUAUUGAUCAGAGGUUGGGGUCUAAAGUUAACAAAGAAGAAGCAGAAAGGAUGGUGAAAGUAGCACUCUUGUGUACAAAUGCAUCUCCAUCACUCCGGCCUAUUAUGUCUGAAGUAGUCAGCAUGCUUGAAGGACGAAUGUCCAUUCCAGAUCUGAUCCCAGAACCUAGUAGCUAUACUGAAGAUUUGAGAUUUAAAGCCAUGAGAGACUUUCGUCAAGAGAAGCAAACCCAAAAUUUCAGUGGAACCCAAACCCAGAACUCAAUGACGAUCCAAACAGAUGUGUGCACUUCAUUUGCAUCAACUACUGAUAAAUUUGAAAUUAAUCCAGAUCCCAAAUCCUAUUGA